AUGGUCUCCUCUUCAUGGCCACCCACUUGGUCGCCCCCAAGAGAUUUUUUUGCCGUCGAGAAUGUCAGAUAUUUCGAAUUCGUCGACUCCCGAAUUGAGGUACUCUUCAACCUCUACCACUUCACCGCCGUCAACUGUUUCGUCGCGUUCCCCCCUCUCGAGGCUUCACAGCCGGCCUGGGAACUGCCCUACAGAACCACUGGGUCUGUGAAACCACAGUCAUCAUUCCUCUUUAUAGACUACCAGGCAGACACGUCAAAGAACAAGAAGUUACGCAACGAGAAACAAGGCUUCCUACUCAAAAAUUACCACAGGAGGAAAAAGCAAGCGUCCAUCCUGCGCUUGAAAACCCCCAGAACGGCCCCCACCCAACGUUUUCUAGCCGAUCACUCAACGAGCGAACAACCUACCUCAGAUAAUGCUGACUCAACCGAAGAGCAGGAUGGAUGGGUUGAUAAAGGCGACUCAGGACAGGCUGCACUACGGUCUGAGAUGUGGUCCCUCAAAGCCUAUCUCAGUCAAGGUUUCGUCGAUCCGUUCGGGGCGUCAGCGGUUAAGAUGACGGGCUCCAUGAAUAUAUACUUUCAUCAUUUCAGAAUUCAUACAAUAGCAGCAUGCUAUCCAGUUGACGCUACACGGAUGAGUAUAUGGUGGUGGCAGAAGGCAAUAACACAGCCAGCUCUCCUUCAGGCUCUCCUAUUUUUAACAGCGGGCCAUCAGGCGACCUUGGAGUCGAGCAACGGUGUCGCAUCUCCCGUCACUAAGAAAUCAAUGCAGGACUCGCUCCAUCUUCGCGGUGAUACACUGAAGACGUUAAAUAAUAUUAUGCAAGACCCUCUUAGGGCAGUAGCUGAGUCUACGAUACUGGUUGUUGCUUCGCUUGUCGCGAUCGAGGCCGUCGAUGCAAAUAUCGAGGCUCAUAAUGCGCAUAUGAAAGGACUGAAGAGGCUCAUCCAGUUAAUGGGUGGACUGGAUACUCUAGACCACAUGACUCUGUCGAAAAUUUACCAGAGCGAUGUUAAAAGCGCUGCCCUCUAUAAUUCCCGGCCAGUCUUCCCUAUUUCCUCCCGCUGGCGAAGUGAAAUUAUCCAAGAUUUCCGACUUUUCCUCGCCCGUGACGAGCUCGAUACGCCUAAGGAUCUUGCCUCCCUCGGAAUUACUAUCUUCUCUUCCCUCUGGUAUACAACGCUGGACCGUACCAUGAAAACCUUCCUUCAGGUGAUCCGACGCUUGAUUCUUUACUAUGAAUAUGUGCAGCGCAAUCCGGCUUCUGUAAUGCCUACAGAUAACGAUCUUUUCCUUGUUGCUGAACACCAGAUUCUCUCCGCGGGCUACACAGUGACAGAUCCAACCGAUAUUAACGAACCACUCCGUCUCACCUUGGUUGUCUACCUAAAUCUACGAGUGUGGCACUUCCAGUCUUUCCCGUUUAUGGAAUAUGUCGUUGAAUCGCUCCGACAGAGCCUUAACCUUCCAUAUUCAUAUCUCCAAACCGAAACACCCGAGCUCCUAUUCUGGAUUCUUGUCCUCGGUAGCCUUGGGUCGCAGGGUUAUAAGUGCCAUCGUUGGUACCUCAACAGGCUGAUUUUGAUGACGGACCGGCUGGGGCUGCGCAAGUGGGAGGAGGCGAGGGCGCUUCUGGGGGGUUACUUCUACACUGACCAGAUAAGUGAGAAGAAGGCCGAGGAAGAUCUUUGGAAUGAGGUACUUUUGAGGGAAACUUUUCCGUAUAUUGCGCCAAAGCUUGCCAGAUAG